AUGGAUGAAGAUCAAUUUGAUUUGCAGCCACAAGAAGUAAACUCAUUUUAUGAUGCCAUAGUGGACACAGCUGGUAAUCUAGAUGAUGAUGGUUCCAUUAGACCAAACAUGGACAUAGGACCAGAAGUCACUUCUUGUAAAGCAGAUUGUCCUGAAGUCCUGAAGGUGUCUGCUUUAAAAUCUGAUGAUGGACUGGAUGACUUAGGUAGACAUGUAAACAUCAUGGAGACUGCACCUGAGAGUAAUCUUGAAGUUGAACUAGUGGAUCAGAACAAAGGAUUUUGUGUUCCCAGGGAAAAGGUGAUGUGUCUGACAGUCAGUGACUCCAGAGCUGAAGGUGAAGGCCUAAGUUACAUGCAUGUGAUUGUAGGAGAGGAUGCUGCUGCUGAUAGAGCUUCAACAUCUGCUUUGCAUGAACAACAAAUGGGUGACAAUGAGAUGAAAGACUUCAUGCCAGUCACAUGGACAGCAGUGUAUGGUGAUCACAGGGAUGGAACUGGACACCAGACAGGUGUAAAUACUCUCUUGCCUAUGGAUGAGUCUGCGGGACCCAGUAGACUGGCUAACCAAAACCUAGCAAAAAAGCAAAUAACUGAUUCCAGGAAACAGCCAACAGGAAGAAAAGAAAUUAAAGUAAAUGUGGAUUUCAGUGGAAGCGACACAAAAUUCCUAAACCAAUAUGUAUGGUGUCCAUUGUGUGAACUGGAGACAGCUAUUUAACAAAGGUUAUUGAAUUAGAACCUUCUAGCCUUCCCCAUGAUUUGUGUGGAGUGCAGAAAAGGCUUUCAGCACCUAUCAGAGCUCAAAAUCCACAUUAGAAUCGAUGGGAAGCUUUCUCAGUGCUGGUGCUGGGAAUGUGGGUCUGCUGACUCUUCUAACUUGAAAACACAUGCCAGAUCUAAUAAGCCCAGCAAAGAGAUGCUGCCUAAGUGUGACAUUUGCUUUCUAUCUUUCUCAGAUACCAGAGAAGCCCAGCCACAUGGCUUUAUCAACCAAGGAAGGAAAACAUACCAGUGUUCCUAUUGUGAGCACAGGAGCUCAAGCUCAAGUGAUUUGAAGAGACAUACUAUUUCAAUUCACACCAAGGAGUACCCUCAUAAGUGUGACAUGUGUGGUAAAGGCUUUCACAGGCCUUCUGAACUCAUGAAACAUGCCACAGUCCAUACAAGUGAAAAGAUGCAUCAGUGUAGACAUUGUGACUUUAAGAUUUCAGAUCCAUUUCUGCUAAGUAGCCACAUUCUGUCAGUUCACGCAAAGGAUCCUCCCUUUAGAUGUAAUAGAUGCAAAAAGGGAUUUCAACAACAGGAGGAUCUUGAAAAGCACAUGAACACACACUGUGGCCAGAAAGUGUAUCAGUGUGAGCAUUGUGAGUAUAGCACUACUGAUGGCUCAGGCUUUAAACGGCAUGUUAUCUCCAUUCAUACCAAAGACUACCCUCACCACUGUGAGUACUGCAAGAAAGGAUUCCGAAGACCCUCUGAAAAGAACCAGCACAUAAUGCGACAUCAUAAAGAUGAAAGCUUGUCCUAA